UAUCUAUAUUUUGAUAAAGAAAUGAAGAAGGAGUUCAAUGCUCAAUUGCCACAUAAGCUUGUAUGCACAGUCUGUAAAGGUGUACAAUAUUCAGCUCUAUUUAGACAAGAUGGAAAUGAUGCACAUGAUGCAGAUGUACUUUCAUAUCGGUUACCACGAAACUAUUCUGUUCCGCAAUUGGCACACAACCAAUUCUACCCAGCUUAUAGCUGCAGUAAUUGGAAUUAUUAUAUUAGGCUGUGCGUACGAAGCGUUAAAAUCAAUUCGCAAUGAUCUUUUCAUUAAAGCUGCACAAGCCCGAAAACUUCGACAAAAAAAAUUAUCAAAAUGCUCAAGUAUAUGCUCCGGCGUUCAUCUCGCUCAAACGGCUCUUCACGGCCUUCAAUUGAUAAUAGGAUAUAUCCUCAUGUUGAUUUUUAUGACAUACAAUGUUUACCUGUGCCUGGCUGUGGUAGUUGGUUGUACAUUUGGCUAUUGGCUGUUUUCUGCUGACAAGUCCAACAGUGACAAUAUUGAAUGUUGCUUCUAAAACCUACAAGAAAGUUGUAAUCCUAUUUUUAACAGCCUCCUUCAUAAAAGUUCAAAAUAACAUCGAUUGCUGGCAAAUACUAUACCGAAGUCUUAUUGUUUUCGAAAUAAUGUCACAUGCUCGUUUCGGUUGUGCUGUGGCUGUUCGAGACCGAAGUCGACGAGGGAUCAACAGUUAUCGCGCACCCCUUUCGUUUCACCGCUAUUCAUCCACUUUUUUCUUGAAAUACACCCUCUCAACUUCAGCACAUCUACCUGUCGUGAGCGGCUUUUGUGCAUUAAAUCUUUUCAACCCGAUAGUCUAUAGAGAUUGCAGUUCAACAGUUCGUGGUCGUUCGCUCCUUUAUUUCUUAUUUUUGCUUUCCGUUACGAUUUCUUCCCUUUCUUCUGUUUGUAGAUAAGUUAAUCUAUAUUCUGAUAUAGGUUUUGUACAAAUCUUGCGAGUAAAUAAUUAAUCAUGAUAAUUUUCAGAUCGAUUGCUCGAUCCCCGCUUUCCUGAUCUCGGAAACUUACAUAGUUUUUUGCUUUCCCAUGAUCAAUUUCCGUACAUUAACGAAUAAAAAAUGAAGAAUAGGUUCUUCUUCUAAUAUAGGUUUUAUAAGCUUCCUGUAAGUUAUUACUUAAUUAUUCACAAUUUUUAGAGUAAGCGUUCCUGCAGGCUCGAGCCGCCACUACUUUAAUCGCUCAUAAUUAAUUCAUUACUGGCUGGAUCCUUAAAAAACCUGUAUGUGAAAGUUGCUGCGAGUAUGUGGAUUAAGAAUCAAUCAUAAAAGUUUAUAAAUUGUUCGUCUAAAAGAA